UUUUUUUUUUUUUUUUUAUAUUUGGGCAUUGUCGUCGCUGUCAUCAUCGUCACCCUCAGCGAAAGAAAAAAGAAAAGCCAAAAAGGGGGGGGGAGGGCACAACCUUCAUUUUGUUUCUUCCCAUUUUCAAUUUCAAUUUAAACCAAAAUGGACAAUGACCAAGCGGUGCAAGCUUACGUGGCGAAGCAAAUAGAGCACACGGAGAAAGAGCGGUCCCUCGAGGCCGCACAGUCGCAGCAGCUACAAGCCGCCGUGGCACCGACAACGCUGCAGAAGCUCGGGCUCGCCCUGGUCAGCCUGCGAAUCGUCCACGUGCGCACAGGGCUAGGCGGCCGCAUGGCGCUCACCCUGGAGGCACCCAUUGCGGGCGAGCCCUUGCAGCCAACAGUGCUGCGCGGCGGCGAUAUUGUCCGGGUUGAGGCGCCCGGAGGUAGCGGGAAAGCCAAGGGCGCGGGCGAGGACAACGAGGCGGCAAUGAGCGGGGUGGUGGUCAGUGUGCGUGGCAAUAGACUGGUGGUCUCGCUAGGGUCCGGGGACGAGGAGGUGCCGGGCGCGUGGCGGGAGCGGUGCACGGUGCGCAAACUGGCGAACGACACGACGUACCGAAGGAUCCUCCACGCCCUGCGCGACCUCUCACAGUCCCCGCCGCCCCUCCUCGGCGUGCUCCUCGGCCACGCCCCGCGGCAGACAGCCGCCGACCCGGUGGCCUUCCCCCCGGACUCGCCGCUGAACGAGUCGCAGCGCAAAGCCGUGCGGCUGGCCGUGCAGUCCCGGGACGUCGCCCUGGUGCACGGCCCGCCGGGCACGGGCAAGACGCAGACCGUGGUGGAGAUUGUGCGGCAGCUGCACGGCCGCGGCAGCCGCGUUCUGGUGUGCGCGCCGAGCAACACCGCCGUGGACAACCUCGUCGAGCGGCUCGCACGGCUGCGGCCCAGCAUCCCGCUGGUGCGGCUCGGCCACGCCGCGCGCAUCCUGCCGGCAGCCGCGGCGUACUCGCUGGACGCGCAGGCGAGCGCGUCGGACGACGGCGCGCUGCUGCGGGAUGUGCGCGCCGAGCUGGACGCAGCGCUCGGCCGCGUGGCGGCGGUGCGCGGCAGCGGUGCGCGCCGCCGCGCGCAUGAGGAGAUCCGCCAGCUGCGGCGGGAGUUCCGCAGGCGCGAGGCGCUGGUGGUCGAGCGCACGGUGGGCAGCGCCCGCGUGGUCCUGUGCACGCUGGGCGGCGCGGCGGCGCGCGAGCUGCGCAGCCAAAGCUUCGGCGUCUGCAUAGUCGACGAGGCGACGCAGGCGACCGAGGCCGAGUGCUGGGUGGCGGCGGCGCGCGCGCCAAGGCUGGUCCUUGCCGGCGACCACCACCAGCUGCCCCCCACCACCCGGCUCCCGCCCGGCGAGGCGCCCGCGACGAUGUUUGGCCGCGUGCUUGGGCUUCCUGGCGCCGCGUGCAUGCUGGAGACGCAGUACAGGAUGCACCGGGCGGUCGCGCACGUGUCCGCGACGCUCCUUUACGGCGGCCGGCUGGUGCCGCACGCCGCGGUGGCCGACCAUCUGCUGCGCGACCUUCCGGGCGUCGCGGCCACGGACGACACGUGCGCGCCGCUGGUGCUGCUCGACACGCUGGGCGCCGGCAUGCUGGAGACGGCUGACCCGGCCACGCUGGUGCUGGCCGAUGCCGAGAGCAAAAGCAACAGCGGCGAGGCUGCGCUCGUCCAGGCGCAUGUCGCACGGCUGCUGGCUGCCGGCGUCGCGCCCGGCGCCAUCGCCGUCAUUUCGCCGUACACCGCGCAGGUGCGCGCGCUCAAAGCGCUGAUGCGCGCACAGCAUCCGGAGAUCGAGGUCGGGUCGGUUGACGGCUUCCAGGGCCGCGAGAAGGACGCCGUGGUGCUGUCCCUGGUGCGCUGCAACGACGCGCACGACGCUGGCUUCCUCAAGGACUACCGCCGCAUCAACGUCGCCGUCACCCGCGCCCGCCGCCACCUCUGCGUGGUCGGCGACAGCGAGACGCUUGGGAACGCGUCGCCGUUUUUGUCUGCCCUGUUCGCGCACCUGGAAGAGUGUGCGGACAUACGGUAUGUGGACCAGUGAAGGAAGAAGGAGAAGAAGAAGAAAAAUGGAAAAAUGAAGGCGGAAAAACAAUGCCAGAUUAGCUCAGCAAAAAAAAAAAAAAAAAAAAAAAAAAAAAAAAAA